AUGCACCCCACGCCGCUGAUUGAGAAAGGAUCGGUGCUGCUGUCCCAGCCAGGGCCGUUGUUCAUCGAGCAGCCUUUCUUCCACAAGGCAGUGAUCCUCGUCGUAGAGCACGGCGAGAGGGACGGAACUUUGGGCCUCAUCUUGAACAGGCCCACGGCUCUGCUGGCCGAGUUCGGCGAGGGCCUCAGCUUGAACGUCUGGUACGGCGGCCCCUGCAAUGGCCUGGAGGACCCGGCCGAGGAGCAGUGGGCUUGCUGCCUGCACACCCGAGCCGACCUGGUCCCCACUUUCCUCUUCCUGUACCCUGACUCCUUGCGCGCCCAGCGGCGUGCCCAGCGGCGCCUCCAGCGCCUCCGCGGCUCGCCCGGCUUCGGGCGCGGCCUGCCCGCGUGGCGGCGCUUGUUCCAGCGCCUGCCGCGGGGCGCGCCCGUGGGGCCCCUGCAGGACGAGGUGCUGGACUCGCUGGCGGACACCGCCCUGGGCGAGUGGGCCAAGGGCCUCCACGAGCACCAGGAGCACAAGGCAGGGGCCUUCAGGGCGCUGCGCGCAGACCCGCCGCCCAUCGUGCCGAUCCUGGAGCAGCUCCUGGCCGCCAUGGCGGCGAACCCCGCCGACGCCUUCACCCAGGAGCAGGGCUGCGAGGCUAUCAGGAACCUGGUCGUGGACAGCGACUCGUGCCAGGCGGUUGCCGAGCGCGGCGGCGUCGGCAGGGUGGUCGCGGCCAUGCGCCUCCACCCCGACUCGUCCGGCGUGCAGGGCCACUGCUCCGGGACCUUGACGCACUUGGCGAACAGCCCCCUGGCGCGCCAGCAGAUCGCCGAGGGGGGCCUGCAGGCCGCCAUCGCGGCGAUGGCCCGGCACGGGGGCUCCGAGCUGGUGCAGUACAAGGGGUGCGCCCUGUUGGCGAACUUCUGCACCAGCGAUGAGGAGCAGGCGCUGGCUGCCGCGGCCGGCGCCGUGCCCGCCGCCCUGGGGGCCAUGAGGCUGCACGCGGGCGCUGGCCGGGUGCAGGACCAUUGCUUCGGGGCCCUGUACAACUUGGCCAGGCACGCGGGCAGCCGCGCCAGCAUCAGCUCCUCGGGCGGAGUGCAGGCCGUGCAGCGGGCCAUGCAGGCUCACCCGGAGUCCGACACGGUGCGGGCGGUGGGAAAGGAGCUGCUGAGGCUGCUCUGGGCAGACUCCGCCGAGAGGUCGCUGCCAGACUGA